GUUAUCAAACUAACCGUAUCGUUAUCGAUUGGUUAUCCAAAUAUUGCUUCGGCACCACACAUUAUUGCCAAUGGCUUCAAGAAUCUGUUGGCUAUUGCUGCUGCCACCGAAGUGGACUUCGAGGAAGCUGCUACCAGCAAGGAGUUCAUCAAGGACCCCAGCAAGUUUGUUGCUGCUGCUGCUGCCUCUGCUCCAGCUGCUGGUGCUGGCGCUGCUGUCGAAAAGAAGGAAGAAGCCAAAAAGGAGGAGUCGGAGUCCGAGGAAGACGAUGACAUGGGUUUCGGUCUCUUCGACUAA